AUGAACAAUCUUCCUACCCAUGGAGCUCCCUCAAGAGACGACUUUGCGAAACUGGACGAGCGACAGAGGGAUCAAAUAAAUGAUGUCUUCUCCGUCUUCGACGUCAACAAGGACGGCCGCCUCGACUACCACGAGCUACGAUUCUGCCUGCGCGCCCUAGGCUUCGAGCUGCCCAAAUCCGAGACAUACCCGUACCUCGUCAAGUUCGGGAUCCAGCCCAUCGACUGGGACCCCAAGCGCGAGUGCACGCCGGUGUGGCGGGAGUUCACGCUGCCCAUCUGGCAGGGGAUCGCGGGCACACUCAUGUACAACCGGGACCCGGUCGGGGAGUGCCACCGGGCGUUCAAGCUGUUCGACGUGGACGGCAAGGGGAUCAUCGCGCUGGAGGACCUGCGGCGGACGAUGCGUGAGAUUGGGCAGAGCAUGGAGGAGCAGGAACUGCAGUCGAUGAUUAAUGAGUUCGACUCGGAGGGGAAAGGGGGCGUUAACGUGGACGAGUUCACCAAGAUCAUGAUGACGAGGAAGCAGAAAUAGGAUUCUGCUGGACUGGCUACGGAGCAGAGAAAGGGCGGCAAGGCUGCGAGAAGAUGAACAAUAUUUGUCACCGUCAGCCGUUGUGUUGUCCCCUGCGCGCCCCGGCGAUGAGGAGGAUGGCUAUCACUCGCUGUAUUACGAGAAGAUGAGAUUUUAUUUUGUAUACACAAAGCCCACAAGAAGAACGGCAAGGUCAUGAUUGAUUGGUUUGGCACCACUACGAUGGAAAAUAAAUAGCAGUUUCAAGCACAACUCUAUACUUCGAGUCUAAAUCCACCAGCCAGCGCCAGAAUGUGAGAGGGGGGGGAAAGACAAGAGAAACUAGAAGACUAACAGGGAAGAAAAAAAGAAGAGAAAAGCGAAGAUACCAAAAAGUAGUAAUCGAUUAUCAUGCGAUGC